AUCUGUUUCGAUGAACCGUCGAUUUGCGCAAAUUGCAAGUUCAACUUUGUUUAUUUAUUUUUCAAGCUUAAAACAGGCGAAAAGAAAUGAAUUAAGUGCAUGUUUCACUAUUUCACCAGGGCAGUAAAAGGUGUCUGAUUACAGCACAGCAAAAUGAAUCCAAACAACAGGUCAAAGGUCCCUGCAAAUGUUCCACGCACAUUGCGUCCAAAAGUCGUGUCUGUGAGUCCGAUAAAAACUCCAUUGGGAGAUGUAGUGCCACAGAUGGUCGUUCCAGUGAUGAAUUCCCAAGGUCAAGGUCAGUAUAUGUCUGGAGGAACUGUCAUACCGCAGGUUUACCAAGGUGCCACAAUAUCUGCAUCACAGACCAGAAUGACCGCCCAGGCUCUCUUUCCACAGACUGGGGUGAUAUCUCAGAACUUACCCGUAUCUCAGGCAACACAACCUAGAAUGACCGCCCAGGCUCUGUACCCACAAACUGGGGUAAUAUCCCAGACUUUGCCCAUAUCUCACACAGCACAGCCUAGAAUUACUGCCCAAACAUUGUAUCCACAAAGCGGGGUGAUAUCCCAGAAUUUAUCUCAACAAAGCAUGACUACAGUGUAUCCACAAAGCAGAGUUGUGUCACAAAAUUUAGCUGCUGGGCAUUCGAGAAUGGGUACACAUGCAGUGUUACAGUCAAGUGUGGCUGUUUCUCAAACUGCACCUGGAUCCCAGCCAACGAUCAGGGCACAAGCCCUAUACCCACAGGUUGGCACUUUGCCUCAGAACUUGCCUGCUUCACAGCCGCGGAUGAGUGCACAAGUUGUUUACCCACAGUCUGUUCAACUUGGCACUCGGAUGCCUCUGGUACAAAAUAGAGUCUCAGUGGUACAAAACACUGGUGCUGUAGUACAAAACAGAGUCCCGAUGAUUGUCUCGGCAGCUCCUGCAUUCCAGAAUGUUGGUUUCCAACAGAGUGGGCAGCUUGCUUACCCAACUCAGUUGAAUGCGCAGGUUCAACCAAGACAGCCAUACAGCCAGUCACCUGUGUUUAGCCCAGCUGCAACAAAUGCCGCAGAUCCUUUCCAGUCACAAAAUACACCGAUUUCCAAUCAAAUUAGAAUUAAUCCUUCAUUCAUUGCAUCACAGCAUCAACGAGUCAUUAAUCAAAUGUCCAGCCAGCCUGUCCUUCAGCAAAGCAUUGUUCCAAGGAUUGUGCAAAUGAAUCAAGCUCAGAAUAUUGUGCCAAGACAGCUGUUACCAACAGUUAGUCCUGAAAUAAAAAAUGAUGUGGCAUUGAAUCUAGAGACGGAAAACCAAAGUUCAUCCACAGCCAGUGGACAGCAGAAUGAGGCAGAAAAUGUUUUGUCUGUAGCGGAAAAUGAUAAGCCCGAAAACUCAGGUGAACAAUCAGAAAUUGUGUUUAAAGCUAAAAGUGUUCCAGAAGAUAAUGAAAAAGUGCAAUUAUCUGAGAUGCAAAAUAGUAUAGAUACUGUUGAGCAAUCCAAAACUGAAAGUGAUACUUACACAGAAAUGACGCUUGAUGACAGUCUAAUUUCAGAUGCUCAGUUUGGAAUGAGGUCGUACGAAAACAAAAAUGUUCUGGAAGAACCCCUGGUGAUGUCCAGUGAACAGAACUCCCCUGUUGUGGCAGAUAAUAUUACGUCAGAUUCACAAGAAUCAUCGUCUAUGUCAAAUCUAGUAACAACUAGUGACAUUGAAGAGAUUUUUUUAUUUCCUCCAUCAUUUGACACUGAAACUACACAAAGUUCUCAUGCGUCCAUGGAUUUUGUGGACUCCCCAGUGGACUCCAAGAAUUCAGAAGAAUUGACCAAAAUGGAGGACCAUAUAUCACAACAAGAAAGCAUACUACAGUUGCCUUACAACUCCGUUCAGGUUGAGAAUGAAAAUUCAGAUGAGGUUGAAUCCUACAUGCAGACUGAACCUACCCCAGAAUCAGAAGAUUCUAUUGAAGGACCAAUAGAAACAGAUGAAGUUUGUUUAAAAGAUGACUCAGACAAUAUUACAGUAUCAGAAAAUGUUUCAGAAACAGCAGAGCAGACUUUUGAAAUUGCAGAUGAUGCUUUGUCACAAACUUCUGCUAAAACUGAAGAGGAGGUUUCUGAAGUGAAAGAUUUGGAUAGUAUACAUUCCAGUACAGAAAUAAAGACCAGUGUUUCUAUCAUGGCAGAUAUGCAUAGUCAGCCUAGUAGCUCUGAAGAUAGUCAAGAUGUGGCUAUGGCAUCAGACAUUUAUGAUGUAUAUACUGAUGAUAGUAAUAGUAUGACAUGGGAAAACUUCCAUCAUACCGUGUUAAAAUUGAGAUCAAAUAAGAACAGGGACAAAACUGAGGUCCCUUAUACUGCACUUAAGGAAACUUCUCAUGAAAAUAACUUUUCUAGCUGUGAUAUUGCAAAUAGUGAACCUAGCUCAAAUGUGGUUGGUGCUGAAAAUGAAACGACUGGGAUGAGAGAUGAUGAGCCUCAUGAACAAAGUUUUGAAGGUGAAGAUGAGGAGCCAGAGUUUGUUUGGGAAGAUUUCUUACAACAGACUGGAUCAGCUGCAGUGCCGCCGACCGCCUUUAAACAUGUUGAAUACAGUUUACAAAGUGGUUUUAUAAAAGGAAUGAAAUUAGAAGUCCCUAACAAAUGUGAUCCCUCCACGUACUGGGUGGCCUCGGUUCUAAUGACGUGUGGACCUUUGUUGCGAUUGAGGUAUGAUGGGUAUGGUGAAGAAAGCUCUGGAGAUUUUUGGUGUGACUUGGGCACUACAGAGAUACAUCCAAUUGGUUGGUCAGCUCAGAACGGGAAAAACCUUCAGCCACCUGAUGAAAUCAGAGAUAGAGUGAGUGACUGGAGGUCGUUUCUACUGGAGUCUUUAACAGGAGCAAGAACUGCACCUUCAUAUUUCUUUGAAAAGGGUGCUGGAUGCAGUCCAGUUGACCAAUUGAAGUGUGGUAUGAAGCUAGAGCUUCAGGAUGUACUGAACCCCCUGCAUGUCUGGCUGGUCCAGAUCCUUGAAAAUGUUGGGGGACGGUUGUACCUUAGGCUAGAAGGGACACAGUCUGCCUCGAAACAUUUCUGGAUGUUUUAUCUAAAUCCAAGACUUCAUCCCAUUGGCUGGGCCACUGAGCAUGAUGGUUGUGUCUACAGACCACCUCAAGAUAUUUAUGAUGAGCAGACAGACGACAGCUGGGCAGAGAUACUGCAGGCAGCUCUCAAGGAAUGUGAAGAUGAAUGUGUACCUGAAGAUGUUUUUAAGGAUCAACAAGAACUGAAGCCACAUCAGUUUGCCCUCGGAAUGAAACUUGAAGCGUUAAACCCCGGAACAAACACGAUUGGUCCAGCAACAGUUACAAAGGUUAUAAACAACUACUACUUUAUUGUUGAAAUGGAUGAUUUGAGGAAGGAGCAUCAGAGUAUACAGAUCUGUUGUAACUCAGAAUAUCUUGGAAUAUUUGCUAUUUCCUGGUGUCAGUGUAAAGGAAUUCGUCUCAGUCCACCUUUUGGUUGGAGUGGAGGAGACUUUGUGUGGGGAGAAUAUCUGUCUAUGUGUAAUGCUAAAGCUGCUCCAGAGAGGCUAUUUCACUCUGGAACAGAUGACCACGACUUUGAACGUGGUAUGAAGUUGGAAGCAGUGAACCCGAACAAUGAAAAUCAGAUUUGUGCAGCAACUAUUACCAAGAUUGUUGGUCCGUUGCUAUGGAUACACUUGGAUCAUAUGAGAGACAUUCCUAGUCAUAUAGAAGACAUAGACUCGCAUAAUCUGUUUCCAGUUGGUUGGUGCGAGAGUAACAAUUACCAACUGAAGCCGCCAAUAAAGGCAAAACAAAGACAAAAACACAUAUCAGAGUAAGUUGUCCUUUGGUUCAUUUUGUAACUGGUCAUUGAUUCCUGUACCAAAGAGUCUGAUAUUAUUUGGCAUUUUAUCAAAAUUAAGGUUCAUAUGGAAGAUAACUAGCCCAGUGCCUGGUGCCCGAUUAUCUACUUUAACCACAGAUGUUUUUCUGGUCCAUAUUUAAGCAAAGGUCGUAUAUCAGAUUUACCAAAGCAUGUUGGUCCAGGACCAAUGGAUCUAGUCUUAAGAGAGGUUUUAAGUUUGUUGAUAAGUAUAGCAUAUGUGCCUUGUAGAGCAUUGAAGGAAAUACAACAAGAGGGACCAUUUAACCCAAGCAUGAAAGCUCAUAUUCUGAAAGCAAAGUAUAAAGGAAAGAAGUACAAGGCUGUAGUUGAAGUAUGUCAGAAUGAGUCACAGUUGGAGGAAUUUUGUAGAAACACAUGCAUCAAGCUGGAGUGUUGUCCAUAUAUUUUUAGCCCUCUACAGGUCAGAAACAGCUGCCCAGAGAACUGCCAACAGCUCACUAAAACUAAAUCAAAUCCAAACUAUGGGAAGAAAAGAAAACUGAGUAAUUUUAUCAGUGUGAAACCAAGUUUGCCUGACGAUGGAAGCAGAGAACCUAAAAAGCGAGGUCGCAAAAAGAAACGUUUGCUGUAUAUACAGAAAAAAGGUCAAGGUCAAAGACAGUAUGAUGCUAAUGGGGAUCUACUGAAGGAUGAAGGCUUUAUAGAUGAUGAUGAUGAAGAUGGAAUGAUGUCCUCAGAGAGGAGAAGGUAUGACAUACAGACAAGAGGUGCCAAACUGCCUAAAUACAGCUUUGAGAAAAAAUCUCACAGGAAAAUACUUAUGUCACAGACUACAGUACAUGCAGAUAAACAUAAACAAGGGUUAAAGAGACUUAUGCCGAAAAACUGGCCUGUAGAGGUAAAGCAAGAGCGAGCGCUGGUGCCUAGAGAGGGUUCUAUGAAACUGGACAGUAAUCCACUACACUGGACAGUGAAUGAAGUGGUACAGUUCUUAAAGACUACAGAUUGCUCACACCUAGCUAGAAUCAUAAAGGAACAGGAUGUGGAUGGGCAGGCAUUUCUGCUGAUGAAUCUGUCGGCCAUACAGGAACACCUGGAGCUCAAACUGGGACCAGCUGUGAAGCUUUGCCACCAAAUAGAGAGACUCAAACUUGCUUUCUAUGAAAACUAUGCCUAAGUCUUGCUUGUCAUAUGUACUGUAUAUUGUGAUCUGUUAUUAAUAUGUUUAAAUCUUUUUAAGGUAGUGGCUAAUAAUUGGCAAUUUCAGUUUGAUUACGAUUUCUCUGUAUGGGAUUUAGGGAUUUUUCAGAAAGUUUGGAAAUCUAUGUGGUUGUAACCUCUGAAAAAUUUCAAUGUAGCAUACAAAGAAUUUGAAAUUACAGUCAAACUUUGUUAGCUCGAACUCAGGUAAUUGGAUUACUACCGUUCACUUGAACUCACCAUUAGGUCCUGGCAAGAUCCCUUUAUAAAGUAUGCUGGUAACUUAACUCAUGCUUAGUUGAGCAGACAAAGUUUGACCGUACACGGAAAUUAACGAGUGUCAGUAUGGAUGCACUACCUUAAAUGUUUGAUACAAUAAGUCCAUCCGAGAUUAUAGAUAUAAAGAAAUCCUUUUAGUAUGAAUGUUAGUUCAUGAAAUAAAUGGCAUAUAGAUAUAAGGUUAAAUAAAAUUACAAGUGUUGUCCCAAUAAAUUAUAGACUCUUGGAAUAAAUCAUUUUUAUUGACGUCUGAUUGCAAUUAUUUUACACACAUAUAUAAGUUGUCUAUUUCCAAUAAACUGUAAUUGAUUUUUAUCAAAAAAUGAUUUUGCAGAAAAUAUUUUUGAGUUUUUAUUUAGGUCUGAUACACAUGUAAGGCACAACAAUAUAGAAUAAAAGAUGCAAAAACUGUAAUACACACCCGCCCGCUUAGCUCAGUAGGUAGAGCGUUGGUCUACGGAUCGCGGGGUCGUGAGUUCAAUCCUCGGGCAAGGCGUAUGUUCUCCGUGACUAUUUGAUAAACGACAUGUGUCUGAAAUCAUUAGUCCUCCACCUCUGAUUCAUGUGAGGAAGUUGGCAGUUACUUGCGGAGAACAGGUUUGUACUGGUACAGAAUCCAGGAACACUGCUUAGGUUAACUGCCCGCUGUUACAUGACUGAAAUACUGUUGAAAAACGGCGUUAAACCAAAAAACAAAAACUGUAAUACAGCUGUUCAGCAACUAUUUUAAAUGAACCAGCCAUUCAUAAAUAUGCGUGUUCUUUUGUGAUGGGUUCCUCAUAGAAAGUGUAUUUAGCAAACAGGAGUAUUUUGAGAAAGGAUUUACAUCACCUACAUGAGCCGGUUGCCGCUAUGUGCUGUAAUUUAAUUUCUUGUAGAAUCAAAAUUCUGAAACAUUUCAUUGUUAUAUAUUGAGGGUAUUCCUAAAUGCCAUGUUGAAUUACUGUGAAACCUUUCAAUUUGAUGUCAGUUCUUUUUCAUGUUAUACCCAAUAUCUACGAUUUAGUGGGACAACCAUCAUACUUGUGUCAUUAUGAUGUUAUGAGUGUUUUAGGAAAAAAAUUCAAGAACAUGGCAUUAGAAUGUUAUGUCAUUUGUUAUGACAGUUAUAGAAUGAAUCUUUGUAUAUGUUUUUGGUACAAGAGUUUUUUUAGCGAUACUUUCAUGUUGCUUUCCUUUUCUUUUCUACCAAAAUUCAGUUUUUGUGAUUAAACAUAAGGAAUGUAUGUGCCAUAAAAGAAAUGAAAUUUUAGUUUAUGGUUUCAGUGUGGAUUAUCAUGUAUUGGAUGAAAUUUAGGUUGCACAUUUGAACAGUUUGUUUUUCAUUGUUUCUUUAUUUUUGUUUAUUCACUCACACUACCAUUCAGUUGUCUUUUUAGCUCACCUGAGCAAUGCUCAGGUGAGUUUUUCUGAUCGCUCGAUGUCCGGCGUCUGUCGUCUGUCAACAUUUAGUUUGUGUAUGUGAUAGAGGCUGUAUUUUUCAAUUAUACUUCAUGAAUAUUGGUCAGAAUGAUAACCUUGAUGAAAUCUAGGCCGAGUUCGAAAAUGGGUCAUCUUGGGUCAAAAACUAGGUCACUAGGUCAAAUCAAAGAAAAACCUUGUGUAUGCGAUAGAGGCUGUAUUUUUCAAUUAAUCUUCAUGAAUUUUGGUCAGAAAGUUAACCUUGAUGAAAUCUAGGCCGAGUUGGAAAAUUGGUCAUCUCAGGUCAAAAACUAGGUCACUAGGUCAAAUCAAAGAAAAACCUUGUGUAUGCGAUAGAGGCAGUAAAACUAGGUCACUAGGUCAAAUCAAAGAAAAACCUUGUGUAUGCGAUAGAGGCAGUAUUUUUCAAUUGAUCUUCAUGAAUUUUGGUCAGAAUGAUUAUCUUGAUGAAUUUUAGACCAAGUUCGAAAAUGGGUCAUCUGGGGUCAAAAACUAGGUCAAAUCAAAGAAAAACCUUGUGUAUGCAAUACAGGCUGUAUUUUUCAACUGAUCUUCAUGAAAUUUAGCCAGAAUGAUUACCUUGAUAAAAUCUAGGCCGAGUUCGAAAAUGGGUCAUCUGGGGUCAAAAACUAGCUCACUAGGUCAAAUCGAAGAAAAACAUUUUGUAUGCAAUAGAGGAUGUAUUUUUCAAUUGAUCUUCAUGAAAUUUGGUCAGAAUGAUUGCCUUGAUGAAAUCUAGGUCGAGGGUGAAUAUGGGUUAUCUGAGGUCAAAACCUAGGUCACAAGGUCAUAUUAAAGAAAAAUCUUGUGUAUGCGAUAGAGACUGUUUUUUUUUUCAAUUGAUUUUUAUGAAAUUUGGUCAGGAUGAUUGCCUUAAUGAAAUCUAGAUCAAAUUUGAAUAUGGGUCAUCUGAGGUCAAAAACAAGGUCACUUGGUCAGAUCAAAGAAAAAACUUGUGUAUGUGAUAGAGGCUGUAUUUUUCAAUUGAUCUUCAUGAAUUUUGGUCAGAAUGAUUGCCUUGAUAAAAUAUAGGUUGAGUUUGAACAUGGGUCAUCUAGGGUCAAAAACUAGGUCAUAUCUAAGAAAAUGCUUGUUUUAUUGCAAGAGACCAAUUUUUUUGUCCAAUCUUAAUGAAAAUUGGUCAGAAUAUUUGUUUCCAUGAAAUCACUAGGUCAAACAUGUUUUACACUGUUAUGGUGUGUUUCUUAGGUGAGCGACCUAGGGCCAUCUUGGCUCUCUUGUCAUAUUAAAUGGAGCUAAGCAGUGAUUUUUAGUCCCCUACUGGUGGAACACUGGAGGGGACUAUAGGAAUGCCCUCCGUCUAUCCGUCUGUCCAUCUACAAAUCCGGAUCCUGCAAUUACUCAAAAAAAAUAAAGCUAGGUUCAUAAAACUUGGUACGUGAAUAGAGGGCAGUAUGUAGAUUAUGUACAUACAUGACUUAUGCUUGUAGAUCAAAGGUCAAGGUCACUAUUGAAGGUCAAGUAAAAAUUGUUUCAGCUCCACAACUUUUAUGUUCAUUGAUGGAUUAUCUUAGUGGUACACACAAACGUUCCCCAUGAUGUGACACUGUGUCAACACAUGAUGUAUGCUUGUUGGUUAAAGGUCAAGGUCACUGUUUUAGGUCAAGUGAAAAUUUUUUUAUGCCCCAUGAACUUUAAUUGCAUAGAAGGAUUUUUUUAUUACUUCAUAUGAAUGAUCCCCAUGAUUAGACUAUGUGUAGAUCACAUGACCCAUGUUUGUUGGUCAAAGGUCAAGUUCACUAUUGAAGGUCAAGUUAAAUUAUUUCUGCUCCAUAACUUUUGAUGAUGAGACAGUGUGUUGCGUAUAUGAUCUGCAUUUAGGUCAAGGUUACUACUGAAAUUUAAAUAAAAGUAGUUUUUGUUUGUUAGCUCCUAAAUGCCUUGAAGCAAUUUUAGUCUUAUCACUAUUGCCAACAACUACAAGUCCAACGAACACUAACAAAGUUCUGUACCAGUAGGGGAUUUCUGUAUUGCGACUACAAUACUCAGUCACUUGUUCACCUUACUACUUGUUUGCGAUUUCAGAAAAAAAGCAUCAUUUUAAGUAUUUACCAUGAAGUCAUGAAUAUUUGUGGGGGAUUAGUUUUCAUGUUUUCAUCAAUCCAUGAAACUUAAUCCUGGUCAGUAAGAAACUUUUUUAUUCAAAGGGAAAUCUUACACAUAUUCUUGUCCUUAUAAAAUAGUCAUUUUUGCCGAAGCCUUGAAAUGUUAUGACAAUGAAAUAAAAGGAGUGGCACCUAUUUAAUUUAAUUAGUAUGAUUUUUAUGUAAUUCAUUGCAAAUCAAAGUGUCUGGAGUCCUGUCAAUGAUUUAUAGGCAGGCAAGUACAUGGUCUUUUCAUUUGGGUUUCUUUUUAAUGUGUUUUGCACAAUUGGCUAUAAGAAAAAUAUUUAAUUUAAUAGAAGACUUAAGACUAUAGUUCUACUGUGAUACAUGUCAGAAAAAUUUGCUGUCAUUUUUUCUCCAAAUUUAAAUUUGGUGCUUGAAAAUUUAUUCUACACAUUCCCAGUAACCCCUUGUCCAUCAUUUUGCUUUGUGUUUUUAUGUAAUCUCAGGUGCAGAGUUGUUGUUGUUCUGCUCCACUUCUAUACUCAAACAAAUGUAAACAUCUUUAAGACGCCAUCUAGUAAAUAUGCCAUUUUUAGCUCACCUGAACUUUGUUCAGGGUGAGCUAUUAGUAUAUGUGGAUAGUCAGCAGUCCAUCGUCCUGCAUUUUUUACUUAAACAUCACCUCUGGAUCUGCUGGUCAGAAUUACACCAAACUUGGUCAGUAGCAUCUUGGCAUGGACGUCUAUGAAGUUUGUUCAAAUGGUUCACCUUGGCUCUUUUAGCCCCCACCCCCUCCAGCUAAAAAUAGAAAAACCUUUAAAGAAUUCUCAAGAACCUAUUGAAUGGUCUUCAUCAGCCUUGGUCUGUAGCAUCAUUUAGAGGUCUUCUCCCAAUUUUAUACAAAUUGGGGCACUCGGCCCUUUUUAGGGGCUUCUAGAGCUAAAAUUAGAAAAACCUUGAAAUGACUUCUUAUGAACCACUUGAUGAAUCUUCAUCAAACUUGGUAUGUAGCAUUAUUAUAAGGUUCCCUCCCAUGUUUGUUCAAAUGGGGGCACUUGGCCCCUUUUUGGGGCCAUUAGAGCGAAAAAUAGAAAUACCUUUAAAAGACUUCUUCUCAUGAAAUGCUUGAUUGGUCUCUAGCAAACUUGGUCUGUAGAAUCAUUGUAAGGUCCUCACCGAAUUUUGUUCAAAUGGAGGCACUUGCCCCUUUUCAAGACCACAGGAGCUGACAUUAGAAAUAUAUUUUAAGCUCGACUAUUCAUAGAAUAGUAGAGCUUUUGGACUCGCCCAUGCGUCCGCGUCCGCGUCCCGAUUUGGUUAAGUUAUUGUAUGUAAGCUGGUAUCUCAGCAACUACUUGUGGGAAUGGAUUGAAACUUCACACACUUAUUCACUGUGAUAAACUGACUUACAUUGCACAGGUUACAUAACUCUAUUUUGCUUUUUUACAAAAUUAUGCCCCUUUUUUUGACUUAGAAAUUUUUGGUUAAGGUUCUGUAUAUAAGCUGGUAUCUCAGUACUGACUAAUUGGAAUGGAUUGAAACUUCACACGUUUGUUCACUGUCAUAAUCUGACAUGCACAAAGCAGGUCCCAUAACCUUAUUUUGCUUUUUUACAAAAUUAUGCCCCUUUUUCAACAUAGAAUUUUUGGUUAAGUUUUUGUAUGUAAGCUGGUAUCUCAGUAUCCACUAAUGGGAAAGGAUUGAAACUUCACACACUUGUUCACUGUCAUGAUAUGACAUGCUGUGCAAAGGGUCAAUAACUCAAUUUUGCAUUUUAUAAAAUUAUGCCCCUUUUAAGCUCAUCUGUCACACAGUGACAAGGUGUGCUUUUGUGAUCGCGCGGUGUCCGUCGUCCAUAGUCCGUCCGUGUGUCCGACCGUCCGUCCGUAAACUUUUGCUUGUGACCACUCUAGAGGUCACAUUUUUCAUGGGAUCUUUAUGAAAGUUGGUCAGAAUGUUCAUCUUGAUGAUAUCUAGGUCAAGUUCGAAACUGGGUCACGUGCCUUCAAAAACUAGGUCAGUCGGUCUAAAAAUAGAAAACCCUUGUGAUCUCUCUAGAGGCCAUAUAUUUCACAAGAUCUUCAUGAAAAUUGGUCAGAAUGUUCACCUUGAUGAUAUCUAGGUCAAGUUUGAAACUGGGUCACGUGCCGUCAAAAGCUAGGUUAGUAGGUCUAAAACUAGAAAAACCUUGUGACCUCUCUAGAGGCCAUAUAUUUCACAAGAUCUUCAUGAAAAUUGGUCAGAACGUUCAUCUUGAUGAUAUCUAGGUCAAGUUCGAAACUGGGUCAUGUGCCUUCAAAAAACUAGGUCAGUAGGUCAAAUAAUAGAAAAACCUUGUGACCUCUCUAAAGGCCACAUUUUUCAUGGGAUCUGUAUGAAAGUUGGUCUGAAUGUUCAUCUUGAUGAUAUCUAGGUCAAGUUCGAAACUGGGUCACGUUCGUUCAAAAACUAGGUCAGAAGGUCUAAAAAUAGAAAAACAUAGUGACCUCUCUAGAGGCCAUAUAUUUCAUGAGAUCUUCAUGAAAAUUGGUCAGAAUGUUCACCUUGAUGAUAUCUAGGUCAAGUUCGAAAGUGGGUCACGUGCGAUCAAAAACUAGGUCAGUAGGUCAAAUAAUAGAAAAACCUUGUGACCUCUCUAGAGGCCAUAUUUUUCAUGGGAUCUGUAUGAAAGUUGGUCUGAAUGUUCAUCUUGAUGAUAUCUAGGUCAAUUUCGAAAGUGGGUCACGUGCCUUCAAAAACUAGGUCAGUAGUUCAAAUAAUAGAAAAACCUUGUGACCUCUCUAAAGGCCAUAUUUUUCAUGGGAUCUGUAUGAAAGUUGGUCUGAAUGUUCAUCUUGAUGAUAUCUAGGUCAAGUUCGAAACUGGGUCAAGUGCGGUCAAAAACUAGGUCAGUAGGUCUAAAAAUAGAAAAACCUUGUGACCUCUCUAGAGGCCAUACUUGUGAAUGGAUCUCCAUAAAAGUUGGUCAGAAUGUUCACCUUGAUAAUAUCUAGGUCAAGUUGGAAACUGGGUCACAUACCUUAAACAACUAGGUCAGUAGGUCAAAUAAUAAAAAAACCUUGUGACCUCUCUAGAGGCCAUACUUUUCAUGGGAUCUGUAUGAAAGAGUCUGAGUGUUCAUCUUGAUGAUAUCUAGGUCAAGUUUGAAACUGGGUCAACUGCGGUCAAAAACUAGGUCAGUAGGUCUAAAAUUAUUAAAAUCUUUUGACCUCUCUAGAGGCCAUAUUUUUCAAUGGAUCUUCAUGAAAAUUGAUCUGAAUGUUCACCUUGAUGAUAUCUAGGUCUGUUUCGAAACUGGGUCACAUGCGGUCAAAAACUAGGCCAGUAGGUAUAAAAAUAGAAAAACCUUGUGACCUCUCUAGAGGCCAUAUUUUUCAUGAGAUCUUCAUGAAAAUUAGUGAGAAUGUUCACCCUGAUGAUAUCUAGGUAAAAUUCAAAACAGGGUCACGUUCCUUCGAAAACUAGGUCAAUAGGUCAAAUAAUAGAAAAACCUUGUGACCUCUCUAGAGACCAUAUUUUUCAAUGAAUCAGAGUUUUUAUCUUGAUAAUAUCUAGGUCAAGUUCAAAACUGGGUCACAUGAGCUCAAAAACUAGGUCACUAUGUCAAAUAAUAGGAAAAACGACGUCAUAAUCAAAACUUGGUCAUGUGGGAAGAGGUGAGCGAUUCAGGACCAUCAUGGUCCUCUUGUUUAACUUACGAGUUUGGGGUUAAAUUCUUAUAUGUAAGCUGGUAUUUCAGUACCCACUAAUGGGAAUGGAUUGAAACUUCACACACUUGUCAACUGUCAUGAGCUGAUAAGCACUAUGCAGGUUCCAUAACCCUAUUUUGCUUUUUUACUAAAUUAUGCCCCUUUUUCGACUCGUAUUCAUUCAAUCGACAAGGCUAUUGAAUAGUCGAGCGUUGCUGUCCUCCGACAGCUCUUGUUUAAUGAUUUCUUCUCAUGAAACGCUAGUUGGAUCUUUAUCGAACUUGGGUCAGUAGCAUUAUUAUAAGGUCCUCUCAAAAAUUUGUUCAAUGUGGGUGAGGGGGGGUGCGCAGUUGGCCCCUUUUAAGGGUCACUAGAGUUAAAAGUUAAAAAUAGAAAUACCUUUAACUAACUUCUUUUUAUUAACUCCUGGAUGGGUCUUCAUCAGACCUUGUAAUCAUUAUAAGGCCCUUUACCAUUUUUGUUCAAUUAGGGGCACUUGGUCCCUUUUAGGGGUCACUAGAUCUUAAAAUAGAAAUACGUUUAAAGUACUUCUUCUCAUGAACCGCUUGAUGGAUCUUCAUCAAACUUGGUCUGUAACAUCAUUAUAAGGUGUAAUGCCAAAUUGUUCAAAUGGGGGCAUUUGGGCCCUUUUAGGGGCCACUAGAGUUAGAAUAGAAAUACCUUUAAAUGAUUUCUUCUGAGGGUUAUGUGUUUCUGGUGUGUGACAGCAAAAUAUGGAAAAAAACUUUAAAUAACUUCUGUUUUAAUGAACAGCUUAAAAUAUUUUCCCCAAACCUAGGUAGAAGAAAAGUCAGAUGGUUAAGGUUGUCUUCAGGUGAGCAACUUGGGCCUAUUUGGGCCUCUUUAAAGUUUCAACAAUUAUUUUUGCCAACAAAACUAAAACUUCGUGUACAUUUUUCUUAUCAAGGGGCCUUUUUAGACCUGCACAUACUUAUUCAGAAGAAAACUUUUAAAAUAUUCUUGUCAGAAAACACUGAUACUAUUACAAAAUAAUUUCACAGACAUUUGCUUGCAUAACCAUGUACCAAAACUGUUAAAGCAAGCAGUGUAUCUCAGGUGAGUUAUCUAGUGCCAUCAUGGUCCCCUUGGACUUUGUCCUUCAACUUAUGAGUUAAAGGAUAGGCGCUUCCUGUAAUUUUGCUUUCUUUCAGUGUACUUUACAAGAUUUUCAGAACCGCCGAACACGUUUCGAAGUGUAUAUACUAUUUUGCAGACGUUGACAUAGGUGAAAUUGAGAAAAGCAAUGACAACUCUGUGAAAGAGAUUACUUAUGAUGCUGAAAGAAGAGGUGGUCACACAUUAAAUCUUAUUUUGGUAUUAUCAAAGAUGGUCCAUAUAAAUUAUGGUGAUGUUGUUAACAUAAUAUUGCUGGAAGACGUCCAAUAAAAUUGGUGCAAUUUA